CGCGCCCUGGGGUAUGGGUGCAUGGGCCUCAGAGUGUGCACCAGUCCUGCUUGCUAAGGCAGGAGGCACCUGCACCAGGGUGCUAACCUGAGUGCCGCUUUGGGGAUGGUCCUGACCAGAUGUGAAGGUGCCCUCGCUGGUGGGGACUCUCCUGCCUAUCCAGCUUUAUCAUCUGUCACCCAUCUGCCCAUCAUCUCUCUGUACACCCAUGUCUUUUUCUGUCUCCACCCAUCUAUUUAUCUAUUAUCUAUCUCCACCCAUCUGCCCAGCUACUCACUGAGCCUUCCAACCUGUGGUGCAAAGCUACCUUGUGCUGAGCCCAGGUGACCAGCCCAGCCAUAGCCUCCCCCAGCAUGCUGGGGUGCAUGCUGUGCCGGAGAUGCAGACUGCAGGCAUGGGGGGCUUGAGUAACCCUGGGAGGAGCAGAGAGUGAUUUGGUCCACACCUGUCCAGCUCCCAGCCAGGCUUGGCCCCAGGACCUGGGCUCUGGGAGCUUCAGGGCUUCCUGGAAGAGACUCGGGAAGCCGCCCCUCUGACAGGUGGCACCUAAGAAAUGGCUCCUGAAAGAUUGGGCUGGUUUUCUCAUAAGCUCCCAAGCAGCUGGUGCCUGAGGAAGGGAAUAGAGGCUGGCACCCCCAGGUCGCACUGUCAGGGGUCAGGGGCUCAGAGCCCAAGACCGGUGAGCAGGGCUCUUGAAUGAGGACAUCUCCCAGCAGUGAGAUUGUGCUCCGAGAGGAAAGGUCCCCUUCCAGGGGACAGGUUCCCCGAGCACCACAGACACCCAUGGAAGGUGGGCAGGCUCCUUGGGUCCUGAGGGCCCGUGCUGACCCCUCGACUGCAGCACCUUCCCAAGCUGGGCAAUCGUUCUCCAGAGCACAGAGCCCCUGCUCACACCCUCAGGGCUGACGGGCGUGGGGGGUCCGGCAAGAUCCGAGAGCAGGAGUCACAGUUUAAAAGAACCACCUGAGAAAGUAAAGAAUAAAACAAAACACAACAGGCUGUGCAAAUGCAUCUCUGUUCCCACCGUGGCCCCGUGGAGGAGGCCUGGCCACCCGAACCCAGGACCUGGGAUUCUACAGCCCGACACUCCAGGUGGGCCAGACCCUGCGCUGUCCACUCACUGCACGGUGUGGACUCGCCCGAGGUCUGUGGCCCAGACCUACAGCUCCAGGCAGAAGAAUCGCCAUGGCCCCCAGGUCUGGCCCCCCAGCUGCUGUGGUCCGGGAGCAGACGGCGCCUCUGAGGUGGUGGUGGCCCGGUGAACGAGGCCCAACUCCUGUUAGGUGGCGUCUGAAAGCUGAGCCUUCCGUGGAGCGGGUGUCAGGGACCGGGGAGCAGGUGCAGCCACACAGACUGGUGAGGCCAGGGUUUGCUUUGUGGGAUUUCCCAGUCUCACCCCAGGGCACGUCUCGACAGCACCCUAAGCCCACACACUGCCUGGGAGCCAAUGUUCUGUCAGGCUGAAGUGCUGCUCUACCCAGGCAGUGGUGAGGGAUGCAGAGCAACAGGGAGAAGGGUGACCCGGCGCUCCAGCCAGAGCUGGCAGAUGGAAGCUGGUGUCCGUCUGGAUGUCACAUCACAGGCACAGUGCUUCCCACCCAAACUGCCUCAGCAGGACAAUGGCGCCCCCGUGGGGAAACGAAGACCAGGACAUGCGACCCCCGCUCAGCGUGAGCCCGGGAGAGGCUGGGUGGACAGUGAUCCACCCACCCGAAGCCCAUGUGGCUUCCUGAGCCUUCUGCAGACAGGCCAUCCAGAGCACUGUGCCGGGGCCAGUAUGUCACCACGGGAAGAGCGCAUCAUCCUCGCCUCAUCACCCAUGGCCGUGGGCACCUCGCGGAUCCCCAGAUACGAGCACUGCAGCUCUGGAAUCCGUGGGGGAAACCCAGGGUUUUCGAGAACUAAUGCCGACCAACCACGGCUCCGGGAGGUGCCUCCUGCUGAUUGGCCUGCGGCAGUGCACAGGGUGCCAGCGAGGUAGGAGCCAUGGUGCCCUGGACACCCUGGCCCCUGUGCCUUCUCUCUUGCCUCUGAGGUCUGGUUGCUAAACUGUUACGUGUUUCCCAUCCCAGUGAAAUAGACACCCAUGGUAAAUGAAGACAGCAGUUAAAUCAGCCAAAAUAAUUCCUGUGGAGCUCAAUGUUCAUUAGUUCCUCAGUGUCCUCUGCAGGUGGCUGGCAUUCUGUGUGCUGCCCGGGCCUGGGCAGCAUGGAGCCAGGUGCUGAGCUUCUCUCCCGAGAGCCACGGGACCUCCUGGGCGAGGGAUGGACGGAGGUUCCAGCUGAGCCCGGCUGUGUUUGAGACUGUGAUCACCGCAGUUCACCCCGGUGCCUCCAGAAGCUCCUGGCCGCCUUUCGCACAGACGCAGGCAUCACGGGUCAGGGAGAUGCGUGCUUAAACCUCAGCCUCUCGCUUCUCCCUCCCGCCCCGUCUCCAUACCAGCCUCUCUGCUGUGAGCGUGCACGCACACGGCACACAUGUGCACACCCAGCACCAAGGAUGCCAGGGCUCUGGAGCGCCUCCCUCCUUCCCUUCCUCCUAGAGCCCCGUCUGGAGGCUCUCGAGGGGCCUGGGUCGGCAGUCAGAGUACCUGCUCCAGCUGCAGUCCCGGGGUGAGUGUAGGCGGUCCCCCAUGGCUGGCUUCACGACGCGUUUGGGUGCUGAGUCUGGGUGGUGGGAGGAGCCCGGGUCCCAGCACCCAUACGAGCGGGAAGCUCCCUUUAGGUCAUCCGUUUAUUUGCUCGUGACAGACUCUAUUUUGCAGGUGUCGGGUGAAAACCCCACACCCUGCUGUAUUGAACAUCAAAAUUCAUAACCUUCUGUAGUAAAAGUAUUUUACUGUGGCUUAUCCAUUCUAAUAAAAAAGGAUUUAAGGUGGCCUAAAGAAAAAGCAAAGUACACACAAGGUUAACAUAAAUAUUCAGAAAGGUAGAUAUUUAAGAAAAUUGGCAGUGCGCAUGCUGCGUGAAGUUUACAUCCAGCCCUGCGCUCCCUGAGACAGGAAACCAUAUUGUGCAUUCGUUGAGAUUCCCCUGGAUGUGGCAGAGACUGAGCCCACUCCCUGCCUGGGAGAUGGCAUCCUGGCACUGAGCAAUACAGAAGCGUCAAGGGAGCUUUAUUACAGCAUGUAGGGGUGUGCUGGACGGCAAUCACAGGAUAUCCGGCAGCCUAUGGGCACAUGGCCACCUCUCACAGUCUCCCGUGACCCUGAGGAGCAGCCUGGCCAGGUAGGGUGGGCCGCUGGGGUGCCACAAUUCAUGGCACGGUCCGUGACUGAGUCUCUGCCUUCUUGGAGGAGUGUGCUCAGAGGGACCAGAGGCAUGGCCAACACUUGCACCUCCUUCCUGGGACAGCAGUUUUCUCACACAGGCCCUGGGGGCCCGGGCAGGAGAAGCCUCUGAGACUUCACACUGUGCUGCAUUGGCAGACAGGCACAGCAUUCGCUCUGCCAGGGAAAUCUCCAUGGUGCCCUUUGGAAUAGCAUGACUUCCCAACCACAAAGCUUCCCGACAACAUGGCUUCCCAACAACAGGGCUUCCCAAAAUGGCCCUAUGUAUGAAUUUUCUGUAAAUCACAACGCAGCCUUUUCCCUGAGGAGCUUAGUGAACAGAAUUGCAGAAUAGAAUUAACCAGUGUUGACCAAUUUCUCACUGGAGGAGCCCUUUGGAAGGAAACAGUUUGGUCUUGUCAUCACUACAUCUGAGCACAUUUUCCAAGGGGGACCUUAUAGUCCUGACCCCACGUUCACAAAUUUUAGUGCAUUUUUGCUUUUAAUUUUGCUUUCAAGAUAGGAAGACAACUUUAACGAGUUGCCUUGAGCAUAAAAACAGCUUCUCCUAGGACUUCUGACCAUGAAAAGCAACCCAAGGCACUUGCUGAAGUCUCCUUAAAGAUGUGCUCCCAGCCCACUGGGGCUCCAGACCAGCAGAGGACAAGCUGCCUGCUGAGCUUCACUAAAGGCCAUGAUAGGUGGAGCUCAGACCAUCCUACUUGCAAAGCUGAAAUGCUGAAAUGAAGAGGAUUCUGCCUGGAGCUGAGUCAAGAGAGCCACAGCAGCAACUGCGAGACCAUUUGUCCAGCAGUGUAUGAGGGUCCCUUGACCAGUGGGCGGAGCCUGUUAACUGCCAGGCCCACCUACCCACUAGUCAGGAAGGCACCACCCUGGGGACGCUCACAUGGUGUCCUCCAGGUCACCGGGAGCCCCGUCAGGAGUGGGCUUCACGGUCAUCCUCAUCUCGCUCUACGUGGGCUUCUUCUACAACGUCAUCAUCGCCUGGGCGCUGCACUACCUCCUGUCCUCCUUCGCCGCUGAGCUGCCCUGGACCCACUGCAACAACACCUGGAAUAGCCCCAACUGCUCCGACGCCCCCUCGGCCAGCGCCCACAAUGGCCCCGGCCUCAACAGCACCUUCGGGACCACGCCCGCUGCCGAGUACUUUGAGCGCGGCGUGCUGCACCUGCACCUGAGCCACGGCAUCGACGACCUGGGGCCUCCGCGCUGGCAGCUGGCGGCCUGCCUGGUGCUGGUCAUCGUGCUGCUCUACUUCAGCCUGUGGAAGGGUGUGAGGACCUCAGGCAAGGUCGUGUGGAUCACAGCCACCAUGCCCUACGUGGUCCUCACCGCCCUGCUCCUGCGUGGGCUCACCCUCCCGGGGGCCAUCGACGGCAUCCGGGCCUACCUGAGUGUGGACUUUCACCGGCUGCGUGAGGCCUCGGUGUGGAUCGAUGCCGCCACCCAGGUGUGCUUCUCCCUGGGCGUGGGCUUUGGGGUGCUGAUCGCUUUCUCCAGUUACAACAAGUUCACCAACAACUGCUUCCGAGACGCAAUGCUCACCACCUCCAUCAACUCCCUGACAAGCUUCUCCUCGGGCUUCGUGGUCUUCUCCUUCCUGGGGUACAUGGCCCAGAAGCACAGCGUGCCCAUCGGCGACGUGGCCAAAGACGGCCCCGGGCUGAUCUUCAUCAUCUACCCUGAGGCCAUCGCCACACUGCCGCUGUCCUCGGCCUGGGCAGUGGUGUUCUUCAUCAUGCUGCUCACCCUGGGGCUUGACAGCGCUAUGGGGGGCAUGGAGUCCGUCAUCACUGGGCUCAUCGACGAGUUCCAGCUGCUGCACCGGCACCGGGAGCUCUUCACGCUGUGCAUCGUGAUGGGCACCUUCCUGCUGUCGCUCUUCUGCGUCACCAAUGGCGGCAUCUACGUCUUCACACUGCUGGACCACUUUGCAGCUGGCACGUCCAUCCUCUUCGGGGUGCUCAUCGAGGCCAUCGGGGUGGCCUGGUUCUAUGGUGUCCAGCAGUUCAGCGACGACAUCAAGCAGAUGACGGGGCGGCGGCCCAGCCUGUACUGGCGGCUGUGCUGGAAGCUGGUCAGCCCCUGCUUCCUGCUGUUUGUGGUCGUGGUCAGCGUGGUGACCUUCAGGCCGCCCCAUUACGGGGCCUACAUCUUCCCCGCCUGGGCCAACGUACUGGGCUGGGUGGUUGCCACCUCCUCCAUGGCCAUGGUGCCCAUCUACGCGGUCUACAAGUUCUGCAGCCUCCCGGGGUCCUUCCGGCAGAAACUGGCCCAGGCCAUCACGCCCGAGAAGGACCGCGAGCUUGUGGACCGAGGGGAGGUGCGCCAGUUCACGCUACGCCACUGGCUCCUGGUGUAGUUCAGCAGCCACCUGGCCAGCCGGGCGAGUCCUCACCGGGGAGGUCCGCGAAGAGCACUGCGUCCACCCUGGAGCCCCGGCUUCGCAGACAAUCGCCCGGCGGACCUUCCAUCCGGUGUCACUGUGAGGCCGACUGUCCCCGCCAUGCCCGGCCGUCCACCCCGCGGCUCAUGCACCCGCGUCCCUGGGAGGUCUCGCCAACUGUACAUAUGCUGUGCCGGCCCCUGUGCCCCGGUGCCCGGUCGCUGGUGUGGCUCAGAUUUAAAAGCCAGGCCCCCCGCCUUGUCUGAGCAGGCAGACGGGAGGGAAGGGGCCGUAGUGCAGAGUAGUGACGGAGGGUGCUACCCGCUGUCACACACGUGGGCUCCGCCCUGGGCCGCCAGGACGAGGGGCUGGGUGUGCGACAGGACUCAUUCCUUCCCUGCAGCCGAGAGGACCAGCCCGCGAGGACCCAGCUCGGGCUGCUGCAGUCCUGCCCGCGGGCUCCUGCUCGGCUGCCAGCCCCACCCACACCCACUGUCUGCGGCCUGGGGUCUCGGCACGCAUGGCACUGGGACGCUUGGCCCGCUGGGGACUGGCGUCUUGAAUCCUCCUUAUCUGUGUCGAAACAUGCGGCUCCUUUCUGCAGACCCGUUCGCCGUUCGCCGAGGUUCUGGGUUUGUUUACAAGAAUAAUCAGCAAUAGCGUGACGGCCGAGGCGGAGACCUCCUGCUCUGGCUGCCCUUCCUGGCACACGGGCCGCCCGGUUCACCCCGGGUCCUGCCGUGAGGCUGAGCGAGGCCCCCCCUACGUUGUGGCGCAGAGCGCGGGACGCAGGCCUGUGGGCAGCCAGGUUGUCGGCAGCCGCGGCUGAGGAACCAGGUUCGCUGGCUCCCUCCUGAGGAGCGGCUCCAUGUGGGAACCAGGUGUUGUCGGCCUCUGUCUCUGUCCCUGUAGUCAGUUCCGUGUGUGGGUCCUCGUGAACAAUAAACGAAACCUGUGUUGGAAAAGGACCUUGCUGCG